UGUGUGUCCCCCCACCCACUCCAGCCACGUGAUGGAGCAGCAGUCCAACAUGGCGCAGUCCUCCUAGGCCGCUCCAUCCCAGCCCGGCGGGGAGGCAAUCUGGCUUUGCAGAGCAUCCCGGAGACCGGCAGGACAAUUCACCCGCCAUGGUGAAGAUCUUUGUGGGGGGCCUGUCUCCCGUGGUGACGGCCGAGGAGCUGAGGAAGCUCUUUGAGCAGUACGGGCAGGUGAACGAGUGCGACAUCCUCAAGAACUUUGCCUUCGUGCACAUGGAGAAGGAGGACGAGGCCCACCAGGCCAUCAGCGCCCUGCACAAGAGCGAGUUCUACGGGGCCCACCUGACGGUGGAAUACGCCACCUCCAAGAUCAGAAACGCCACCAAGAUCUACGUGGGGAACGUCUCCGCCAAGGCCACCACCUCCCAGAUCCGCCAGCUCUUCGAGAGGUUCGGCAAAGUGGUGGAGUGCGACAUCGUCAAGAACUACGCCUUUGUCCACAUGGCCAAGGAGAGGGAGGCGAUGGACGCCAUCUUGAACCUCAACGAUACCCCUCUGGAGGACCAGAAAAUCUUCGUCACCCUUUCCAAGAGCAACAGCUCCCUGCGGGCCGCCAAGGGGGCAGCGGCGGCGGCGGCGGCGGUGCCCACCCCGCCUCCCCCGUCUCCAAGCUACUACUUCUCCAGGGGGCGGCUGCCACCCCCGCCCCCGGCCUACACCCCCUACUGCCCCCGGGCCUGGUACGACAGGGAGUACUGCGACCGCUACUCGUACGAGCUCUACGACCGGGCCCGGGCCGCCUAUGACCGGGCCUUGCCCCCUGCCCCUGCCGCCUAUAGGGAAAGGAGCCCCGUGGGCAGGCGGACAGCUGCCUCCACCGCCGUCGUGGCCCAGUACGCCGACCCCUAUGCGGCCGCUGCUGCUGCGGCGGCAGCUGCUGCCGCCACCGCCGCCGCCAACCAGACCUACAACCCGGCCUACAGCCAGCCAGGGUACGCAGCCGCUGCUGCCGCUGCCGCCACAUACUCCCAGUACAGUAUAGGAACCGCCUACAACGUGGCGGAGUACUACGAGAGGUACGCCAGCGCAUACGCCGCCCAGUAUGCGCAGACCUUCUGAGCACGGUGUGCCUUUUCUGGCAAUCUCUUUGCAGGCAUCGCCACCGCAGUGUCUGUGAGGCCCUUUGCUGAUCACACGCUGACUUUUUACUCCAGCUUCCUUCCAAGGUUGGUGAUGCUGCACUUUUUUUUACCCCCUACCCUCCGUCCUUCCUGCCCUCUCGCCUUUUUCUUCCUUCACCCUCUUUCCCUCUUUUUAUUUUUUUGAUCCGGUCGUUACCGUUUUGUUUAAAAAAAACCUGCUUCGAAGACCCGCCGCCUGCCUCACCAACCCCCGCCUUUCGAACCCGCCGUGAGCUGAAGACGGUUUUGCUCGUAGAAACGUGCCCGCUUUUUUUGAACUCUCCUCGUGCCCGGAGCAGCGGGUGUUUGCCAACCUCCGAACUCUAGCCGGCUAAUUCUUUGCUUCCCCCGUGGUGUUGCUGCCUGCCGAACCUCUGAUCCCCUUGUUGCCUAGAUUUCUGCCGGGCUCCUUAGCCAGGGAGCGAGGCCUCCUUUUGCUUCUGCUGUAUUCCUGGGUACCGUUCUGUUCUGUUCUGUUUGUUGCCUUUGUACAAUCGGUUAAUGGAGCUUGUUCCUGUCGUGGCAACUCGUUUGCUUUUUUCCCUUAUUUUUUAAAAUGUCGAUCAUUAAAUGGCUUUUACAGAA